AUGAAAAGCAAGGCUAAAGAACUCAGUACCGGAGAAGAACAAGAAGAAUGCGGCAUCAGAACACUGGAUGGAAAGAGUGUUCAAAAAGAGAAAGCGAAUCAACCAGAGUCAAAGAGACGGGCUACAGAUUCAGAGGAAGAAAAGAAUAGACGAAUAGCGAUAACAUUUGCUUUUGUAACUGUUUUCUUGGUAGCCAGCUUCGUUACAAUCACAUUGUUUCAGACUAUCCAAGCCACCAAAAGAUAUUUCUAUCCACGACAACAAUUUUCUAAAAUGGAAGACAUCUUUGAAGAAUACCUGCCAGAUAUUGUAGUCAUUAAUGGGAUUUUGAAUCCAUUUGUUUACUUUUUUACUGAUACACAUUUCAAGGUAGAAGCAAUUAAACUAUGCGUUUAUUUGAUGAAUGGAGAAAGACAUGUACAAGUAGAAAACAUUAAUGCUACUCGGUGCAAUGUAGAAAACGAAUAUGAUGGAAACUUUUUAACUUUCCUAUAUUAUGCUUUCGUAUUCGUGGCUGCAUUCACUUGUAUUAUACUGAUAGUUAUAUUUCAAGUGAAAAUACGAAAAGCUCUUGUUAAGAAAGCUAAAACAAAAAAGCAGAUGAAAAGCAAGGCUAAAGAACUAAGUACCGGAGAAGAACAAGAAGAAUGCGGCAUUAGAACACUGGAUGGAAAGAGUGUUCAAAAAAAGAAAACGAAUCAACCAGAGUCAAAGAGACGGGCUACAGAUUCAGAGGAAGAAAAGAAUAGACGAAUAGCGAUAACAUUUGCUUUUGUAACUGUUUUCUUGGUAACCAGCUUCGUCACAAUCACAUUAUUUCAGACUACUCAAGCCAUCAAAAGAUACUUCUAUCCACGACAACAAAUUUCUAAAAUGGAAGACAUCUUUGAAGAAUACCUGCCAGAUAUUGUAGUUAUUAAUGGGAUUAUGAAUCCAUUUGUUUACUUUUUUACUGAUGCACAGUUCAAGGAAGAAGUGAUGAAGCUAUGCAGAAGAAAAGUAUAG